AUGUCGAGUGCGGGUAAGGCCAAACUUGCUUGGGCCCGCCACCGAAAGACGAUCACAAAGCUGUGGUCGGAAGAUGGCAAGGAACUACCGGAAGUCAGGGAGAUAAUGGCCAAGGACUAUGGCUUUACGGCAAACGAGAAGGCGUAUAAGAGACAAUUCAAAAAAUGGGACCUGGACCACAAAAAUGUCAAGAGAGAAGAAUCAAUGGCGAUUCUUGGAAUUGUCAAGAGACGCAAUAAGGCUACGGUCUUCAAGCACUACGGCAAGCUUGUCAGACGGGGGAACGUCCGCCGAUUCCUAGGCCGGUACAAGAAAAAUCCCGAUUUUUCACCCGACGUGCGAGCGGCAACUCCUCCCGGCAUCACAUACGGAACGCCAGAGCCCGAUGAUAAGUCAAAGUACAUCCUAACGCCAGCGGUCCUAACCCAUUCCCGUCACCAAAGAUCAAGCAGGGAAGAACAGGCAUUGAUGGGUAACACCCCCAGAUCUCAUUCUUUCGAUGGAGACGGCAGCUCCCAGAGUGGCACCGCCCCCUGGGAGGCAUCCCCUGAGUCGUUCUCCGGGCUCAGUGCUGAUUUCUACCCGGGCACUGAACAACCGAGCCAAACCAACAUGACUGCUGACCUUCGGAACACGUUAUCUGGGCAUCAACAACCAUAUGAAUUGCACGCCUUCGCGCAGACCAAUGCCAGUUCCGGAUUCGCCCGCCGAUCAUGGGGAGAGCCUACCGAGCCUCCGUCUCAUGCGUAUCACGCCCCCGGAUAUGGGAACCCCUGGGUCCCUCAUCCACAGCCGCCGCAGCCGCUACAGCAGGCUAUGCACUCGCUUAAUCCCAGCCCCAAUGCCUUGGCCUUCCAGAACCACUGCAGCCCGGGCCUGGACUACGGGGUGAUUGGCACUACCCAGUUCAAUAAUGCAAACCAGGGUCAAACAACCAUCGGAAUUCCCGAAGCGCCGUCGAGGGACAUGCUACUGUAUAGCGCCGUUGUCGGCGGCGAUGUCAACCGCGCUGGGGCCCUGUUACUGGAUGGGGCGGACCCAAAUUUUGCGGCCCAUGGCGGCGUCACCCCUCUUCACUGCGCGGCCUAUCAAAAGAAUGUCGACAUGGUCAAGCUGCUCAUAGGCUAUUGUGCUAACUUCGAGGCCAAAACGGAAAACGACCAGUCCAUCCUUUUCUUCGCCGUUUCCGGCCAAGGACAAUCGGGCUGCAUCGACAUGCCUGGUUACGGCAUUCCGACUCAAAUGGGAAAUGGCCUUCACACGGAUGAGAACGCAUUGCGGACCAUUGGUGCGCUCUUUGAAUGCGCGACUCGUCUUAGGCUUCCGCACAGCAAUGUUGAUAAAUCGGACAAGGAUGGUGUGACUCCACUGAUGGUCGCCGCUGGAGAGGGCUUUCUAGAGACGGCGGCCAUGCUGCUCAGACACGGGGCACAGCCCGGCCAGCAAGACCACGCCAAUCACACUGCGCUCAAGUACGCAGCUUUGAAUCGCCAUCGCGGUAUGGUCCGUUUUCUAUUGACAGCGGGUCCCGCCGUCUUGUACCCUGAGAUCUCCCAUAUUUUGGAGCUGGCCAGCAAGAACAUUACCGGAGGCCGUCUCCGUGGCGGGGGUGGGCGAAGGAGCUCGUGGGAGCGCCGUUAUGAUUCUGCCGACAUGCUCAUUGCGGAGGAAAUAGUGCGGCAAUGCCGGCAGCUCGGCGUGUUGAACCAGCUGCUCAGUCUGGCCAAGCAGAACGGCCAAUCUGCCGUCUUCGAGUGCCUGCGGCGUGCCAUGGCGCAACCUCGCUCGGCGGGCUCUCGUGCUGCUGAACCUUGA